AUGGAAAAAUUACAAGAACUAGAAUUAGCAUUAGAUGAAAUUAAAUGGGACAUAAUUGGCAUCAGUGAAGUGAGAAGACUUGGGAAAAGAACUGAAGACCAUGGCAAAUACAUACUACACCAUAUCGGGGAGACGCCUGGACUAUAUGGAGUCGGAUUCAUGGUUAAAAGAAACCUCGCCAAAAACAUACAGGAAUUAAGAGGGAUUUCAGAACGGAUUGCACUUCUCAACAUUCAAUCACCUGUAGAUGGAGAGAAAGAACAACAAUGGUCUAUAAUCCAGGCAUAUUCACCUACCGAACCAAAAAGUAAAGAAGAUACAACAAAAAUUGAAAGAUUUUACAAAGAUCUUCAAUCCACUGUUGCAAAUGCAUCAAAAAACAUAAUAGUCAUGGGUGACUUUAAUGGACAGAUUGGUAAACAAAAAAGUGGAGAAGAAUAUACCAUAGGAAAUCACGGAUCUGGCAAUAGAAGUAUAAACGGCUCACGACUAGUAUCCUUCGCUAUCGAAAAUAAAUUAAGUAUUCUUAACAGUUUUUACAAAAAGAAACCAUCAAAGAAAUGGACAUGGAUCUCUCCUAACGGCCGGUAUAAAAACGAGAUCGACUAUAUAAUGUCUAACAAGGUAAAAGUUUUUAAAGACUUGUCUGUAUUAAAUAACUUCAAUUUUAACUCAGAUCACAGAAUGGUAAGAGCAAAACUCUCAGGAACACGUGCUAAGAAAGCACGUCAAUUUCACAACAACAUGAAAGCCAUCGAAUGCAUCGGUAACACUGAUUUGCUGUUGAACAACCUCGAAAAAUCACUGAUGGAUGGGGAAAAAUAA